AUGGUGAAUUCUUUAGCCAAUUCCAGUACUGCACAACCUAUUUCGGAAUCCCCUGAGCUACCAUGGAUUGAAAAGUACCGUCCACUUGUUCUCAGUGAUAUUGUUGGUAAUGAAGAAACCGUUGCUCGACUACAGAUCAUUGCUCAGGAGGGCAACAUGCCCAACAUUAUCAUUGCAGGAUCUCCUGGUAUUGGUAAAACCACAAGCAUUCUUUGUUUGGCACAUGAGUUGCUUGGAUCGGCUUACAAGGAAGGUGUAUUGGAACUGAAUGCAUCUGAUGAUCGUGGUAUUGAAGUGGUCCGUAACAGGAUCAAGAUGUUUGCACAAAAAAAAGUAACACUACCACCAGGUCGUCACAAGAUUGUGAUUCUAGACGAGGCAGACAGCAUGACUUCAGGUGCCCAGCAGGCUCUUCGACGUACAAUGGAAAUCUACUCCAACACUACCCGAUUCGCAUUAGCAUGCAACUUGUCGAGCAAGAUCAUUGAGCCUAUCCAGUCCCGAUGCGCAAUCCUUAGAUAUACACGCUUGACAGAUCUGCAGCUUCUUCGCCGGCUACUUGAGAUAUGUGAGAUGGAAAAUGUAAAACACACUCCCGAGGGACUGUCUGCAAUUAUUUUUACAGCUGACGGCGAUAUGCGACAGGCAGUCAACAACCUGCAGUCAACGAAUUCAGGUUUUGGAUUUGUGAACCCAGAAAAUGUGUUCAAAGUGUGUGACCAACCGCAUCCAGUUCUUGUUCAAAAGAUUGUGGACGCAUGUGUGCGUACCGAAGUUGAGAUAGGUAUUCAAGGCAUGACAGAGUUGUGGGAUAAAGGAUAUUCUGCAUUGGACAUUAUUACUACUUUGUUCCGAGUAGUCAAGUCAUUUAGUAUGGCCGAAUACAUAAAACUCGAAUUUGUCAAGGAGAUUGGGUUUGCACAUAUGAGAUUACUCGAAGGAUGCCAAAGUUUAUUACAAUUGCAUGGAUUGAUUGGUAAACUAUGCAAGGUGAAUAUGGACAAGACCAUGUUUGUCAUGUAA